UCCUCCGCUUAUCCUCACUGACCAGCCCUCUUCAGCGACAAAGCCUUCUCUUCUGAUCAGACCCUUUCUCUUGAAGCUUUCGUUGAUACUCUUUCACUCUUCUUCCACAUUCCAUUACCAACCAUGGAUCCUGCCAUGCCCAUACUCACCUUCUUCUCGUUCCUUCUAUUCACUUCAUCUUUGGCCACCAGAAGCGACAAGGAAGUCAUGAGCAUAUACGAGGAGUGGCUAGUGAAACACAGAAAAGCAUCAAACAGUAAUGGAUUGGGAGAGAAGCUUAGGAGGUUCAAGAUUUUCAAGGACAAUCUCAAAUAUAUAGAUGACCAUAACUCUCAAAACCACACCUAUAAACUUGGGUUGAAUGGUUUUGCUGAUUUGACGAACCACGAAUAUGCAACCAUGUACCUGGGCACUGUAAGCGACCCUAAGCGCAGGGUCGUCAAGGCCAACAGUGCCUCUCGUCGUUAUGCUUUAAACGACGGUGAUAAGUUGCCGUCACAUGUAGAUUGGAGGUUGAAAGCUGCCCUUACUCCAAUCAAAGACCAGGGAUCUUGUGGAAGUUGUUGGGCGUUCUCAACAGUGGCCACAGUGGAAGCGAUCAACAAGAUUGUCACAGGCGACCUGGUCUCUUUGUCAGAGCAAGAGCUUGUGGACUGCGAUAAAUCCCACAACAAUGGUUGCCACGGAGGUCUUGUGCGCUACGCCUUCGACUUCAUCGUCAAAAAUGGCGGCAUCGACUCAGAAGAUGACUACCCAUACCUGGGCAUUGAUGGCAAAUGCGAUCCAAUGAAGAAGAAUGCUAGAGUGGUGAAAAUUGAUGGGUACGAGCGCGUUCCACCGUUUAAUGAGGAUGCGUUGAAGAAAGCCGUAGCUCAUCAGCCUGUUAGCGUUGGUAUUGAAGCCACUGGCCGGGAUUUCCAGCUCUAUCACUCAGGGGUGUUCACUGGUGAAUGUGGGACAAACAUAAACCAUGCUGUGGUUAUUGUGGGAUAUGGUACUGAAAAUGGUCUGGAUUAUUGGCUGGUGAGGAACUCCUGGGGAACUGUCUGGGGUGAGAAUGGUUAUAUGAAGAUAGAACGUAAUGUCCGAAGCACCUUUACUGGCAAAUGUGGGAUCGCAAUGGAGGCCUUGUACCCUGUUAAGAACGGCCUUAAUUCUGCAAAUCCUAUUUCAACUUACGGAAGUAAUGAAAUGAAGAUCAGCAGUGUUUGAUUUGCAUUCUGCUUCAGCAUUAUCCCUUUUGGACAUGGAAGAGGAAUGAGUACUAAAAGGUGCAAGAAACUGAUGUUUAUGCUACCUUCUGCUCACUGUAUCAGGGAUAGUCUUUUAAGUUAACUAAAGGACAAUUUAGGUGUGCUCAUUGAUAUUAUGGUUACUGUAUAUAGAUUCAUGAACAUAAGGACUAAACCUGGAAGUCUGUUAUUGUGGUUGCCGCUUGAGGAUGUUACUUCGUUUGAAUGUUUAUUCUGAGAUCCUUAGUUAGCUCUAUGUACAGCAACGUCCUUACAUAUUCAUAUUGGUUUCCUAGGACUCUGUACCUCAAAUUGUUCUUCAAGGUGGCAAGUUUGACAUACUAUUUGUACUUUCUUCUAAA